CCUGUGCUGACCCCUCACUCUUCUUCAUGGCUUUUGGGUGGUAGCCUUCACUCUCUCUCUCUCUUUCUCUCUCGACCCCUCCUCUGCUACUGCUUCACUCCCAUAUUCUUCCUUACUGUUACAAGUACUACGUCCAAGACAGAGCACACUCUCCCCCUCACACCCUUCACUUGCUUCCACCCACACUCCUUCAUCUUCCGCCUGAACGCAGCCCUUCCUGGCAGCCAUGGUCGCAACCUCAUCCGAAAAGCAGCUGCAGCUCGAUGAGGAGUUCGACAUCGAGAUCCCUGCUGGCGUAGCUUCGGACGCCUACUACGACUCACAGCUCACACCCGUCCGUGCUGCCCUGCGUCGCUUCCUCCUGCCCUAUGUCCGCAGCGAAACACCCAUCCUGCAUGCGAUGCAGCAAAAAGUACGGCACCCAGUCUUGGACGUGUAUUUCACAACGACGGCCUUCUCUGGCAACCACGCCUUCUUCAUGAUCGCCCUGCCCGUCCUCUUUUGGUUCGGCUUUGCUGAGAUUGCUCGUGGAUUCACACUGAUCGCUGCGAUGGGUGUCUACUGGGCAGGAUUCUUCAAGGACUACCUGUGCUUGCCUCGCCCACUUUCACCGCCAAUCGUCCGCCUCUCGCGCUCGAAAUCAACCUGUCUUGAAUAUGGAUUCCCCAGCUCACACUCGACCAACGCCAUCUCCGUCGCUCUCUUUCUCUACUGCCACCUGCUGACAACCGACCCAGCCUCAUGGAGCCCAUAUACCCGCGAGCUUUCCAUCCUUGGCCUUAUCAUCUAUGCAGUCUCGAUUGUCUAUGGCCGUCUUUACUGUGGAAUGCACUCGAUCACAGACUGUGUUGGAGGAUCGAUUAUUGGGAUUACCAUCUGGGCGGUCCAGUGGACAUUCAGGCGCACGAUCGAGUAUUAUAUGGUCAGUCCAGUCUGGUGGGUGCCUCCAUUUGUGAUCGCAACAGGCAUCUUCUUGGUCUCCAUCAUCCCGGACCCCGUGGACGACUGCCCUUGCUUUGACGACUGUGUGGCAUUCAUUGCGGUGAUCAUGGGCCUCAUUCCUGCAAGCAUUCAUUUCGCAUCGACCUCGUACUCGUCCAACUAUCCCGUUCCGGCUACAAUCCCCUACAGCACAGAUCUGGGAUUGAUCAAGAGCGCGCUGCGACUGGUCUUUGGCGUUGGAACGUUGUUUGUGUGGCGAUUGAUGGCAAAGAAGGCGUUGUAUGUGCUCCUGCCACCAGUCUACAAGCUGUUCAGUCUGCCGUACCGCCCACAUUUCAUCCCUGCCAGUACCUACAACACGCUGUCGAGGUAUCCGAUCGGAAAGGUGCCCUCGGUGAUUGAUCUGCCUAGCAUGUCGGGCAAUGCUGAGAUUGUGGGACUCCAAUCGACGAUGGAUGUGCAUGAGAAGUAUUCGUUGGCGGCGGCGGCAGCGUACGAGAAGGAGCAACAUGAAGGGCUAUCCAUUGGGUUGAGGGUAAGGAAGGGAGCGACGCAUGAGGAGAUUGGCAUGGAGGAGAAGAGUCCACUGUUGGACGGACAUCAUCAGCGCGACUCUUCGGUGCUGAGCAAUGGAUCGACAGAGUGUGGAAGUGUUGACGAGGGACAUAAGGACGGAUUGACUAGUCGGUUCGAGGAUGAGGCGGAGGCGCUGUUGAGGGUCGAAAGGAUGCAUCCGCCAAAGAGCCGGUUUGAUGUCGAUAUUGUGUCAAAGCUGGUCGUGUACGCAGGCAUUGGAGCUUUGGCCGUUGACGGGAUCCCGAUUUUGUUUGAAUUGGUGGGAUUGGCGGCCGUGCCUGUACGCGUCUAGAACAUAUUGGCGGAAUGAACAUAUAAUAGUUACAACAAACAAAACGACUUUUUCUCUAAUAUUUUGAGCGAUGACAUUAUAAUUUAUAAUAAUAAUAAAGUUUGCUCCAUUGGCUUAUUGCAAACG